AUGGUUGCCUGGCUUUUUAGGGCAUCGCUUGAUCGCUCUCUGCCCACCAUGUUCAAGGCCUUAUUGGCCGGGGGCCGUUCGUCCGAUGCCCGCAGCAGCUCUAGUUCUAAGAGUAGUAGCCGUCGCAGAACAGAUUCCAAAGCUUCUUCAACAGUGAGCCGCAAGUCCUCACGGGGUGACGACCGUGACCGAGGCUUGGGUGACCUGUCAGCCUACUCAUCGUCUGGAAACCGCAGCAAGCGCUAUGCACCCAGCGCGGCAGGCGAUUCCGUUGCGUCGAGCUAUGCGACGGCGGAACCCCACACCGCGAUCGAGCCCGACCGAAAUGUCAUCGAACGGGCACCGAGGCGCAGAGAUCUAGACGAUAGUGAACGUCGCGAUCGAUAUCCAGACAGCGAUGACAGCAGUGACAAACCCCGACAUAGACGCAAUCGCUCCCGAUCGCCGAGCCGCGAACGAACCAGUGAACGCCAAGAUAAUACAGAUGAGAUUGAUAAUGGAAACCAUGAAAGUGGUCAUCCUCGAGAGCGGCGACGAACGCAGCCUGACGAAAUGCCUUUAUCGCCAGGCGUGCCCAUUUCCGGUGCUGGAGCAGACUUAGCUCAGAAGGUGGGAGCUUCUGACCAUCCCCAAUUCCCCCCGCCGUUCCACAACACACACCCAGUGACAUCUGUACCAAGCUCGCCUAACGUGCCUGGUGUCUACGACCCCCACGUACAGCAGCAGUUCCAGGCCAGCGCAGCAGCCGAUUACUACGGCGACCAGGGGCAGUCAGUCGCGCAACAACCCGGUGUUCGGCCUAAGCCACCCACAGUUAUUCCCAAUAAUCAAGCGCACUUGAUGCCGGCAUCACCGCAUGCCAACCCGCCGCCAGAGCCUAGUAGUAUGGGGCAGACCGGUGCAGCGGCUGCGUAUUACGCAGAUGACGCAGACCCAGGGAUACAAGCACCCGAACAAUCAAGUAAACCCCCUUCAGGACCGACACCAAAACCUCCCAGACCAACUAUACAAACUGAAGGGGUCUCAGGGCCUGUUACAACCGCUACUGCGCAUGAGGAAGGUAGUCCUCAGAAUAUUGGCUCUGGAUCCUCUCCAUUGCUAGUCGAGUCGCCGACGCCUACGUUUGUCCCGCCUUCUGGUAUCAACCCGUCCAAACCGCCCGAUACUCCUGGUAUUGGGACAUUAGUUGGCGCAGCAGCAGCAGGUGCGGUAACAAGUCAUAUGAUCGGCCACCAUCAUCAAUCAUCCCCGAACGUAGAAAAUUCCCCUCAGCCCGGCAAUCAGAAUUACGAGGACGCUUCCCCGAGCAAUGUGGGACACCCUGGUCCGUCUACGUACCCGGAUCAGCUGAAUGCACCACCCCCCUACAUAGCUGGUGCUGGGGAGACAGCGUACGCUGCCCACCCAUUGCAUCCUCAUCAUGCAGCCCUUUACCACGGAGCACCAUUUCAGUCCGGGGGUUUGGCAUUCCAACAACGCCAACGGGGCCCUCUUGGCAAGUUCCUUGAUUUUUGGCGUGACGCAGAAGGUGUUGGUAUGUUCGAGGAUUAUACUGAAACCAUUGGCGUUUGCAAGCACUGUUUUGAACCGGGCACCUCGUCGCGCGACGCCCCUCGAAAACAUUAUUAUAGACCCCGUCGUCGCUCUAGUGAUCGCUAUAGCAAUGGCUCACGAGUGGACAAAACUAGUCGUUACCCCUCUUCAGAGGACGAAGGUCGACGUCGCAAGAAAACCUCCACAAGCUCCUGGCUACCUGGGAUGCUUGCUGGGUACGCUAUAAAAUCAGCCUUCAAGAACAGAGACUUCGAGGAUACCUAUAGUGUUCGAUCCGGCCGAGCUGCAAGCUCGGCAUCUGACACUGAGAACCUAUCAACGCUCGAGAAGCGGAGUCACACAUCUCGUGGCGUCUAUGGGCGCUCACGCCGCCGCUCCUAUGAAGACCUGCGAGACUACGAACCUCGGCGCCUGUCCCACUCUGGGUCACGAUCUUCGUCAAGAUCGAAGAAGCAUUUUGCAGUCCGAGAUGCAGCUUUGGAAGCUGCAAUUGAACCAGUGGGCGACUUUGAAAGUCAGCCACGCCGCCACCGCAGCAGCAGCCGUAGCCGGUCACCGCGGAAGACCAAAAGUCGGAAAUACUCAUCUUCUGAGUCAUCCUUUGUAGAUAUCUCUAGACCGGCCAAGAAAUCUGUGGGUGGUGGCUUGAGCUCAUUUUUCACAGCCUCUUCUGAGAAUCGCAGAAAGCGGCAGGCUAAAAAGCGCAGAAGUAUAUUUUCAUUCAACAAUUCGUCAUCAUCCUCCCUAGAUGCUGAUUUAGCAUUCGGAAAUGGCUAUGCCAAAAGAUCAUCAGGGAAGUCUAAAAAGCGAAGCAAGAAGAAGGACGGUAACAACGUGGAUGCGGCAUUGCUAGGAUUAGGAGCAACAGCAACAGCAAUAGUUGCUUCAACUGACCGUCGAAGUCGACGGACAGGCGAGAUUCUCGCGAGAAAAGAACCCCCAUCCACUCGUUUGGGUUAUUCGUCGUCUGCCACCAAUGACGAUGCUUGGGAGGACGUGGACUCAGGAGAUCAAUCGUCAUCCAGUGUUAGUUCAGCGCUUGCCUUCGGAGGCAGUGGACUUUAUGGUAAUAAUGCCUCGCCGUCUUCUGAUUCUGGCACAUCAUUGUGGGGCUGGAGAUGGGGCAACAAGAAAGGCAAAGAGCAAAAGAGAAUGAGGUCCAACGUAUCGGAUAGUCGUUUCCCUGUUAAUGCUGCUGUAGCAGCGGGAGUAUUGGGAACGGCCGCAGUAGUCCACGACUAUAACAAGCGAGGGAGACGUACCAGCGAGGACACUGGAAGCAGUGCUGGGAAUCUUCAACACGUGGCCCCAGUGCCCACUAGUGAUCCUUCACGCUUUGACGCUGUCAAAGUAUCGUCUUUUCCUUCGCAGCCGGCACUGAUUCGCUCAGGACCCAUCCCUCUUCAACAACCCCAACCGGUGACACCAGUCUCUCAGGCUGUCUAUACUUCACAAGGAGAGAGUAUCCAUGCAUAUACUACACCAUCUCGUCCUCCUCCGUUUGCCAAUACAUUUGCACACUAUGACUACCAAGCUCAAGGUUCAGGAGUUGGCCUUUGGGAGCAUGAAACCCCCCUUUACCAUGAUACCAUCGAUAUGCCAUCAAAAGUCACCCGCCCCCCUCGACGAAGUGACUCAUCACCUGUGUUUCAUACGGAGUCUUUGGAGGGUGCAUCGAUGUCUAGUAUGAAGCGUCGUUCUACCAUGAAAGACCAGGGCUCCGUACAGUUUGACCUUACUAGAGAUCAAGCAGAGAAGGAGCAACGAGCAGAUCAUCUUAAGCGUAUAAAGCGUGAAUCUGGGCGCCAAGGAGUUCAGCUCAUUGACAGGGAGAGUGAGAUUGCGGCACAGGAGGAUAAAAAUAGGUCAAGACGGUAUUAUGAGGGGUACCGGGAUUCUGAUUAUGGUUCCCACGACCAAUACGGACAAGGGCCUAGUGGGGAGAGAGGCCCAGCAUCAACGAUUGGACUAGCAACAGUAGGCGCGAUCGGAGGUAUAACUGCAGCCAGUGUACUUUCCGGUCAAGGCUCCAACGGUGGUUCCUCCGAAUCCAGCCAGAGGCGUCAUUACGAACGCUCAGAGAAGCGUCGCGCAGAAAGACGCCGUGUGUCAGGUUCUGAGAUAUCGUCCGGCCUUCCCAUGCCUGACCGUGCCUAUAACGAUGUUGACCAGCGCCCGAACCCGAACUCCGAACAAGACCAUAUCAAGACUUCAGUAUUCAGUGACAUUCCUCCCAAGAAGCCGGUUCAUCACGAUUAUGCACAAUUCUUCGCACCCGAAGAGUUGCGGCAUAACCCUGAUACAUACAUGCGUCGCGAACCCGCUUCAAUGCCAACUAUCAUAGAGGUGGAACCUGCAAGUCAAAAAAGUAAGGCAACAGAGGAGCCCCAUCCAGAAUAUCGCGGUCUACCAUGGCCAGUUCCAGAGCUCAAGGUGGUUGAGCCCACGCCUCCUCAAAGUCAAAGUGGCUCCGUCAGAGAUAUUGCCUCUCCGAUUCCAUCGCCACCAGAGGUCCCUGAAGAUGAUAGGAUACCAAAGCGAUCGACAACAGGCUCCCGCGUGUCUUGGGGUAAGGAUGAGACACGCGAAUAUGAAGUCCCAUCUACAUCCUCUGAACUCGACCCCGCCGAUCAUGAAUUUGUGGCAGACCGUGGACAGGAAAAGCAGACUGGUAGUGAACCCGCCCAAGAAAUUCCGGCCAUUCAAACCGAUCUGUCCAAAGGCGCCACAAGUGAGUAUGGCACUGAUAUUGAAGUCGCGGCAACAGCCGCUGCAGUUGCUGCAGCCGCGGGUUUUGGCCCCUCCCUUGUGUCGGACAUCAGGGAAAAGCUCGCCUCUUCAUCAGGAGCUCGUGGCUAUGUUGAUGAGGCGGUAACACCCGAUGUGGGAGAGAAGCAGCCAAACAUAGGGAAAUUCGUCGAAAACGAGCCAGUUUACUCCGAACCGGUGUCGAUCAGUGACGGCAUUAGAACAUCUUAUGAUGAUCAACCUCCAUCAUCAAUUGCGCAAGAAGUGAUCCAGCAACUCACCGGAGAGCAAACACCCGAGGUGGGUGAACUUCCCGGGAGGGCCGUGGAGGAACCGAAUGAGAGCGGGAAAACGUUGGUCUUUCGAGAGAAGCGUUCUGGACCCGAGUCACCUGCAGAAGAAGUUUUGCAUAUCCCUGGUGGAUUCGAACUAGAGGAGUCAUCCAGCCAGCGGGAGCCGUGUGGAGACACACAAGAAUCAGCCCAGGAUGAUUCAAGGUCAAAUACCUCAGCUGCUAUACCUAGACAUAGUGAGGCACCGAUCGAGGAAGUUAGUUACUGCAAAGACAGUCGCGAAUCCGACAUCCCUAGUAGAGCUAGUCCACCUGCCGUUGAAGAGGGUUCUGCUAUCGGGAAGAAGAAGCGAAAGAAAAGACGUUCCAAGCGGGAUAGUGAUGCUUUCGAUGACACCGUCUCCGUGACAUCUUCCCCAGCCAGAGUUGAAGAGACUAGUGAUCGCAGCAGAAGUACGGAUGAACAGGCUAAAGAAAAGAGGGCAGGUGGUCUAUUCAGUAAUAUUUUUGGCUCUAAAGUGUCUGAGCCGGUAGCAAGCAGACAACUAUCAUCCGAUAUCUAUCCAUCUCGCGACGUCCAAUCCGAAGUCGGGCCACGUUCCGGUGAGUCUCGACGACAACGAAGGGAGGAAAAGCGGCGAGAAAAGUAUGGAGAAUUAGCGGACUUGGAUAAAACAACAGAACGUGAGAAGGGCCGGACAAUAUCGCAAGAUGGAGACAAUCAGCCGUCUUUUUUAGCUGGAAGCCCCGAAAUGCCUGACCAGGUAGGAGAUGAUGACCGUGAAGCGGCCAAGAAGUCUCUCGACAUCGCCACCUGCAUCAGGGAGAACUAUCGACCUAAGCCCAAGGUCUCGGAGUAUACCAAACUCACCCCAAUUGGCUCAGGGGCACGAAGAGGUCCAGGGUCAGCAGUCGCGGCGGUCGUCCGGGGUUCGACCAACAGAGUCUCCUACCGCCGUCCCUUUGCAUUUUCGUCGACCACCAACCACAUCACCACGAGCCCAUCGGUCGUCUUCACUUCCGGUGAAUUUAUAUCCUCACGAGAGAUGCGACCUCUGUGGCUUGUCGAACAUCAUGGUAGCAAAACGGAAGCUCAGCCUGAAGAACCGUUACCUUCCCUACCGUCAAGUAAGACAUCAUCAGCAAAUGCAUCCGCUGAGAAUCUCGCAUCUCUGCAGGAUGAGAAGAGCUGGGAAAAGAUAGAUUUGAGCCCCAGUAUUCAUAGAGACCAGCGGCCUGUUCACGUUGAUAUGCCCUCUGAUUCUCAACACGGAGUGCUUGGUUCCCAAGAAGUAACACCUACUGCCGCAAGCUUUGGACAAAUAAACACCUAUCAGUUACCUCGGAAGGACAAGCCCAAGUACGAGUUCCAUUCGCCCUCUGAACUUCUCCAGGAUCCAUGCACUUAUGCAGAGUUGCCUCCUUCUCCAAUAAUCGGGGCUCUUCCUUCUGCCGAGGGCUCUGUAGUCGGCGUAAAAGACGGUGGCGGGCUAGAGCGCAGCCUGGACAGUCUUCCACCUUUACCUGUGUCCCGACCUUCUACUCCUAAAAGUGAACAAUCUCAUGCUUCAGACGCUGCUGAAGAAUAUCUGACUAGAGAGCUGACAGCUCCCGACUUUGCAACGCCAAGGGCCCCCGGGAACGAUACUCCAUCCGCAGAUGUUGACACGCCUAUUAUGAAGGUCCUGGAUGCUGAUCUGCAGGAUCUUCAGCCAUCUGACGAGAAAACUCUGACAAAAGCCACCCAGAGUAAUAUUGAGUCAGGUGAUGCUCUAAUAUCUCAUGACCCAACUUCCCAAGGUCUGCCAGACGAGGCUGUUCCUGUGCCUCCAGCUGUCCAAAUCCCAACGAUAGAGGCAGUAGAGAAAGGUAGAGGGGAUCCAGGACAGGCAGCUACAAGCCCUGCCGACGUUGUCAACGUCGCAAUUGCAGAUCCUGUGCUACCUGCUGAAGAGGAACGUGCAUUGCCUGACGAACCGCUACAAUCUGUAACUACUGACGAGGUAAAGGCGGGAAUCAGUGCUACACUAGAUGAGAAAACGCAACCACAAGAGACACACCCUGGAAUGCAAUCCGAACCACAAAAGUCUUCAGUGGAGGAUAACGAGCCAUUGGGAAAUGCGGAGGCUAAAGUCGAGUCUAAUUCUAACCUCACUUCUGCCAAGAAUAUUUCUGCAGAAGGUGAAGAAGCAGAGAUUGUUGAUGGAGCAGCAGUCACAGGAUCAGCCAAGCCAAUAACGGGGAGUACAGACAAGGCUGCCGACGAAGCAGGCCAAGCGCCUAUCCCUGAAGAGCUGACAGUGGAUGCUUCUUCUCCAAGUUCAUCGAAGAAGAAGAAGAAGGCUAAAAAGAAGAAACCCAAGAAUGGAGAUCUACAUGAACAGGAGCCACAAGAUACCGCAGCCAUAGCUCGUGUAGCCGCUUCAUCCCCUGAGAAUGUUGAGAAAAUGGAUGGGGCACUGGCUCAAGGGGAAGCCCCAGCUGAUCAGAUUUCUCCACCAGAAAGCACCGGGAAAUCCACAGGAGCUGACGUAGAGUCCGCCACAGACCUCUUAAAGCCAGACGAGGCAGCAAAUAUACAAGUGUCUGGGGAUAUGCCUGUUGCUGAGCUUGAGCCUGUUAUGAAUAUUGCCAGAACUGGAGACGCACUUGCAGCCGAAAACGAGCUUAUUGCGAAGGACCUCAAAGCCGGGGACGAAGCGGGUAUGCAGGCAAUUGAGGGACGCCCGCUCUCCGAGUGGGAACCUACUGUCCAGCCUGAAAACCCACAAAAAGCUGUUGACCUAGCGGCUCCCGUGAAUCUAUCUAAGCAGGAGCCUCCUUUGGAGAUGCUGCUGUCAGACGAUGCUCCUCUAGCUGCUGAGACUUCAGUAACUGAACAGAAACCCAAUCCAGAGGCCUUGGGGACAGACGCAGUGCAGACAACGCAGGCACCCGAGGUUACGACGGCUCCGGUGGAAGGGUUACCCAAAGCUGAAGAUGCUCCUACCAUUCCAGACGUUCUUGUACCUGAGCAGGUGAUUCCUAAGGCAGAAGGUGAAGCUCACCAGGAAAGUUUUAAUUCGGAUAAAAUACCGGAUUCUGAUGUGGAGCAAGGGUCUACCGAGAGAGAAGCAGCUGCGAAUACAGAUAUCCCUACCAACAAUUCGGAGAGUGACAAGGUGAGCAAGGUAUCUGAUGCAAAUGAGAGCGUCAAAGAACUUGGUGACGCGGAGUUUGUGACGUCCAGUAAGACGGAACCAGAGGCUAGUGUGCGGGCAGGUGAAAAGCCUUCAAAAUCUGCAAUUGAUGAUUACCAGCCUGUGAAAGAAGCCUUACUGCCUUCAAAGGACGAAACUACCUCCAGCUCUGAACAUCCCAUGCAAGGUACAAUGGAGGGAGCUGAAAGCCUGGAGUUCAGCGGGCAGGAUGUUGUAUUGCCUGAGAAGUCCCUUGAACCGGCAGAGGAGCUCGACGAACAAAGCAAAGAAUACCGCCAGUCAGUACUACAAGACUCAACAGAGCAGAGUGCCUACGCUCAACAUGAAGCUCCUGGAGUUGUUUCUGAGCCUAGCACUGUAGUGCUAGAGCCGCCUACGGAAGCUACCUCUCUGAGCGUCCUUGGAGGUCACAAAAGUCUUGCGGCAGAUUUGCAGGAGGGGCUAACCCCCGAAGCGAGCACCGUUGACCCUGCUCCGGCCGAAUCUGAAUCCGGACCAUCACAACUGGAAAGUGAGCGAACUACCACAACAGAAGAGGCCAAAUCAUCAAUGGAACUGGACUCCGGAAAGAUAUCGCAAAAACAAGAUCAGAUGCAGGGCAAUGAUGCGCCUGCUGAACCGACAUUUUCUUCCGAGCCGGGGGCUGAAGUUGCUGAGGCUGAUACAAAAUGCCAAGAAACCGACGUUAUCGACGCGCAAACUGAAACUUCCUUGUCGCAACGAAGCAGCAAGAAGAACAAAAAGAAAAGUAAGCGCGAUAGUAUUACGGUGCCGCCUGUGGAGAAAGGGACGAACGAUGUUCCACCUAAUGUGCCUUCUAAUGAAGAAGCCACACCACAGGUGGAAGACGAACCUGCUGUGCCCCCCAAAGAAGAGCCUGCAGUAAGGCAGCCCGAGGAAACCCCGGACAACGAACACGAGGGCGCUAUCGACGUAUCGCCUGAAAAAACACCAGGCGCCACUGCAGAUACACGAAUUGAGUCCCAAGAUGCUGAUAUCGCGGAGAUAGCCCAGAAAGCCGGUUUAGAGGAAGCUUCAGAAGGACAGUCAACGAAGAAGGGCAAAAAGAAAAAGAAAAAUCGCAAAUCCAUAUCUUCGGAUUCUCAACCUGUGGCCGAUGCGGAGACCCAGCCUCCACUCUCCGCUGAGGGGCUUCCUGCCGAGAUCCCACUGGCGGAAACAAGCGGUGUGGUUCAUCCUACGGAAGACAAACAAAUCCCACAGGAAGCUACGGCGACUAACGAUACAACGGGGACGACUGAAGCCGUAGACGCUAAUCCUGCAGCAGCAAAUGAGGAGUACCCCGCCGAGACUAAUGAUGGUACACCACCUAUGUUUGAACAUGUCCCAGACGAUCCUGUACCUGAUCUCGAACCGGAAGCGGAGGAAUCUACACCGACUGGCAAGAAGAGUAAGAAAAACAAGAAAAAGAAACAAAGCUUGCAGUCCGCAUCCGACGCUCAUGAAACAGCCGCUGAACCCACACCUAGUACAGAAGUUGCAAGUCCAAAAAUAGACAUUCCUCUUGGUGCUGAAAAGCCCCGAACCACAGAGAGCCCAGGACUAGUUUUGGAGGAGACAAUCGAAAGCGAACAACCCUUGGACGUAACCGAAGUUGCGGAAGGCACCGCCUCAUCUGAAACAGCACCCGAGAUGACUGCUGCUCAAAAGAAGAAGGCUAAGAAAGAAAAAAAGAAGCAGCGCAAAUCCGCUCUAUUGGAUGAAUCACCAGCUUCUGCCCCCGUUAUUGAUCUGAACCCAGGGAAUGCUUCUUCGGAACGUGGUCCAGAUUCUGUUGGAGAAUCUGCCCCUGUCAAAGAACCUGAGGCAUAUGAUGCUUCGACCGAGGGACCUACACUUGUCGAUGAGCUCGUGAGUGAACAACCUAGGGUUGAAACGGUCACAGAUGCAGAGCCUGAUAUUGCGUUGAAUGAAGUCUUGGACGAUCAAUCCCAAGAACCUGCGCAGCAAGAGCCCAAAGAAGCGCCCACUGACAUCGCUGGUAUUCUAACAACGGAAGUAGAAAAUGUAGAGCCCGGCCAAACACAACAUACAGAUCAUACACCAUCCGACUUGGAAGGUACCCCUACGAACGAAGAGCAACUAAGAGCAGAUGUUGAUGGAAGGCACACGGUCGAAGUAGUGGGAGUCGAACAAGAGACCACAGAUGAGAAACAAGUUGAGGUAGAGCUUGGGGAUGCCACACUCAAUGCUGCACCCAAAAUGAAUGUGGAAACAGCCCUUGAGCAACCUCAGGAAGAAACGAUAAACGAGAAAGCCGCUCCAGACCAGACUCAAGAUACCGAAAUCCCCUUGACUGAUGCUAUUCUGCAAGACGCAGUUGAAGGGGAACCUGAGCUUCCUACUCCUAAGAAGUCUAAGAAGGAUAAAAAGAAAAAGAAGAAACAGCAGUCGACUUCUUUGGAAGAUGAUCAGCCUACGGCCGCUCUGGAAGAGGCUGCGCAAGAGCCUUCUGAUGCACGUCCGGACUCGCUUGAAAUCUCCGAGAAACCGCAGCUUUCUCUGCCCGAUGAUGUUGCAGAAGAGCCGCAACAUGCCUUCUCAGAGGAGCUUACGCAACAAUCGGAAGCAAAUGAGCAUGAGCGCACUGAGUCUCCAGAACAGGCUGACCUCACCACACCUGUAGAGCCUGAGCCUAUGGAGGAUACUCAGGAACCAGUUUCCAAGAAGAAGGCCAAGAAAGACAAGAAAAAGCGCAAGUCUGUUUCUUUUGCAAACAAUGAACAGGAGGCUUCCACGAAGUCAUCUGAAACCACUGAAGCAACAGAAGCGAGUCACCAUGUUAAAGAGGCUAGCCAACCUCCAGAGCAGGCAAAUGAGCAAAUGGCAGAAGCCAGCUCCCUCGUUCAGCCAAGUCAGGAAAAUGCUGAUAGCACUACUGCCGACGAGGUACAGCCUGGCGAAACAAGUGCAGACCUACACAAGGACGUUCCGACAGUCACAAAUGGCGAUGAUGGUUCAGAGUCGAACAAGGGGGCCGUAUCAAACGACGCACAAGUUUCUCAGCCGUACGGGGAUUCUGUUGCCGAAACACAAUCCAGCACAUUGAACCCUGAUCCUACGCCUUCAGUGGCGAGGGAGCUAGUAAACGAACCUAUAGUUCCUGAGUCUGAAGGAUAUACCAAUGAUGACACGCCAGUUAUUGAAUCCCCUGAGAAACAAGACGUACAGCAGGGUACAGAUAUUCUGACCGCCCUAGAAACUGGAGAGAAACAUGAAGUCGAGUCCACUCCGGAAGCGUCUGUACCCGAAACACCUUCUACUUCCGUGCAGGAAUCUACUGUGGUAGUCCAGGAGGCUGAACAAGAGAGUGCCCCUUCUAAGUCAAAGAAGGACAAGAAGAAGAAGAAGAAACGCAAGACCCAGGAACCAAUUGAGAACGAGGCAUCUGCUGUAUCUGAGCCAAGCAUCGAAGGGGCAUUCGUUCAAACUGAAGAGGAUAACCGUACUGCAGCUCCAGGAGUUAUCGAAGAGUCAGUCGAGCAGAAUAAUACUGCCAAGCCAUCCGAAAUCUCCAGUCAAGAUGUGCCACCUUUGACACCGGAGAGUACUACUGAACGGACGCGAGCUGAAACCGAACAUGCAGUUGAUAGUAUCGUUCACGAAGUGAAGGAGUCAGAAAAAACCGAACAGCAGGCAAGGGAACAGCCAGAAGAUACCCAGAAUGAUGGUGCACCGCCUAUGUCAGCGAAAGAAAGGAAAAAGGCGAAAAAGAAGGAAAAAAAGCGCCAGUCCAAAAACCUAGAUGGUAGUGCUGCUGCCUCCACUGCCGUGGAGUCUGCCUCAGUUGUACCAGGAGAAAAUACCCAAGGUCCCUUGAUGAAUGCAAGCGCCGCUUUAGCCGAAGAUGCCACGCAUGAUGCAGCCGAAACCCAAGCCUCCGCUGAAUUGAAAUCCUCAGGCCCUUCGGUUGAUACGGCAACCCCACCUGCUGAAGAUGACGGUAAAGAAAAUCAGUCCCACGGCACCGAGUCCCACGGCGAGAACGAUAAGAAUCUGUUUUGGACUGAUCACAUGGUAUCUUCGCAGGUAGAUCAACAGCAAGCCACUCCCCUCGACUCUCCUACCCAAACCGUGCCUGAGAAUGCCACACCCGAAAACGUGGCUGUCCCCGGCGAACCAGUCUCAUUGUGUGAGGAAAUUGAGGUAGGAACAGAAGGCCAUGCGUCAAAGACUGAGCAGGAGGCAACUAGUGAGGCAGAUAGGGUUUCCCUCGAGCAUCUGCCCGCUGAAGGCUUUGCAGCGGAAGCAGACGAAAGUGGCAAGGCACUUACGCCAGAUGGGGAUGAGUUAAUGGGCCAGCAAGAUACGAUUCCAGCCCAGACAGAUGAGAUGCUUGAAGAAAAAGGUCAAGAAGCAGCGCCUGAAGCACGUCUUGUUACUGCUGAGGUAACAGGCACUUCCAUGGAUGGUCUACAAGCAACAAAUGAAAAUGCAGUUCCUCUCUCUCCUGCUGAGGCUGGGGCUCCCGAGGACCUUCAAGAGACAAACAACGGUUCAACUUUUGAUAUUGAGAAAGUUGAAGCGACAGCGCCUUCUGAGAAUUUACAUCGGGCGCGACAACCAGAAGAUCCUGUAUUAGAAGAUACUUUUUCUGAGUCUAAUCUACUCUCUACGACAUCACCCGAACAUACCACGCUCGUAGCCAAAGAUUCAGAAUUGCAAGCAAGCAGCGCUGGGUCUGCCCUCGAAAGUGACGCAAAGGAAGAUGAUACUGCGAGCCACGGAGAAACAAGACUGGACGGAGUGGGUCUCGUUUUAAACCCAGUGACAGUUGAAGAGUCACACUGCAGUAGUGCAGAGGUGACCAACACGUCAGAGUCUGCUAAGGAGGCUUCAAGUGAGAUACAGGCAGAGCCCGGAGACUUGUUGCCAAUUAGCUCUGGCGAGGAGAACAGGGAAAACAAGGAAGCACCCACUGAGUCAAAUGCGGCAAGAGAGACACCAGCUGGCACAGAGACAACCGCUGAACAUUCGGAAACCAACAGAAAGGCAAUAUUGGGUCCCGUGGAAUCCUUGAGUCCAGAGCAUCAACCAUCAGUCGAGAAGGAACAACUGCAAGCCAGUAUUGAACCUACACCCGAGCAGUGGAGCCACGAAGAACUGCAGGAUGUCGCUAAAACAGGCGAAGGGGAAAUUAUGACACAGCCUUUAAGCCGCAAAGCGUCGAAAAAACAAAAGAAGAAAGCGAAAAAGCAAGCCAAGGAAGCGUCAAUAGAAAUCGCUGGUACUUCACUUGCAGAGUCUAAAGGAUUGAUAGAUGCAGAAAGCGGCCCUGAAGCAACAGUCGGCACCGCAAUUGCUGGUGCCGCUGAAUCCCGUUUGGUCCCCGAAGAAAAGCCCAUGCAGAGCGAAGGAGUGCAAGGUUCACAUAGCGAGACAGACGUAUCGCAGCCGACAUUGGAGGCUGUAUCCACAACGGAAGAAAGAAGUCCGCGUAUAGCUAAGAUGUUUCCUAGCCAGACUCAAGCCACGCAGGAGUUACAGGAGGGAGAGGGCAAAGACGCUGAAGCCAUGCCAAAAUCGAGCAGCCAGACUUCUGAGGGAGCCAAUCUUGAGACAGCCGAAGAGAGGAUUCAACAGGAAAUUCCAGUUCUCGGGACCGUAUCAAAGGAGGAGGAAGGGAUAUUCGAGAAAGAAGCUGAGCUGCAGGUUCCUGAGCGAACAGAGCAAGCAUCAGGGGAAAAUACCGAGACUGCUGAUGGGGCCCUGCUUGUGCACGAAGCAAACCCAGACAAGUCAGAGCUCCCAAUGGCUGAAGCAACCAGGGCAGAGGUUUUUCAUUCCAAAACAUCAUCUCAGGGCAACAAGCAGAAGAGCGAAGAGAACAUGAGCGUAGAGGCCACGGAACCAAAAGAAAGUGAAGGUGUCAGUGGAGAGGCAAACGUGAAACAUUCCCAUGAUCAGCAUCAUUCAGAGACAUUGGUAACGGAACGGUCUGCAAAGGAUGACGAAUGGCCUUUGAUAGAUUGGGAGAAGGAAAGAGUCGAUGCUUUAGAUCAGACUCCCCAAUCUUCGCCUGAAGCUUGCGCGGCCCCAUUUGAGCCAGACGAGUCGGCUGAAGCCAUAAAGGCGAAGGCAAUUAUGGGGCCGCAAGGACAAGAUUCUGAGGCGAAACUUGCGACGCCAGAAGCAACUGUCGAAACAGCUGAGUAUGUUGCUGACCAAUUGGCUCCGUCAACGGAGGCGCCCGGUACGGAGCCAGUCUCAGAAGCGACCCGAGAGCAUGCCCUAGACGAUGCAGAAAGCUCUAUCCCGGGGAAGCAGACGAUGGGAGAACCUGGCUCGGUUUCCCAGAAGCAAAGCAAAAUUGCCAGUAUAUUUCCUAACUUGGAACGAGGGGCAUUUCGGCGACCUAUCGCCACCAAGUCGUCGGAGUCAGUAAAAGAUGGGGCUGAGGAUGAGACCAAUGACCAAGGAGCGAGUCGCGAAGACGCGAUGCAGGUCUCGGAAGCGCCCAUCGCUACUACUGACGGCAAGGACAGCGACCACAUUGCGAACCCUCUGGUGACUUCAGAGCGGUCAACUACUGCUACGCUAGAGGACCUACCAGGAGAGGCUAUAAUUCGUGAUGUCCAAACGCCGGUUGGAUCUCGUUCAGUUCAAGCAAGCUACAAGGACUCCGAGGGUGUUCGAUAUACAGAUUCUCUUGCGCGGGAAAUUCCAUUACACGCGCCAACUCCAAUCCAUAAGCAACCGUCUACACUAAUCAGCUCCUCAUCGGAUACUAUGCGUAUAGACCGGCAAGCAAGCCCCGAGUCUCUCUGUGAACUUGGCCGCAGUCCGUCAAUCCAGAGAUCGCGCGACCCCUCCCCGCGGCCAAAGCCAUCCGAAGAAGAUGCGUCAACUGACCAACCAAACAGCACACCGCCGCCAUCUUCAGCCUUUGGGGUGGUAGACAGAGGCGCAAUCUCCCCUCCCCGGACCCCAUUGCAACCUAUUGCGGAACACGAACCAGUUGAUCGGACAAGAACCCCCAUAGGAGCCAGGGGCCAGAGCCAGGGAAUUCCCCGGUUGGAGAUGAAGCCAGAACAUGUGCUUCCGCGGCCCGAGACACCGGUCAGGAAAUUUACAGACAAUGCUCUGGCGCGCCAGGCAUGGCCUACACUUGACAGAGAUGGAGAUGGAGACUUGCACACCAGGGACCAUGGUGCAGCGAGAUCUAUGGACCGCGAAUGGACUGCGGAAGCCAUCCAAACACCCGAACGAGGCAUCUUAAAACCGAGCAGUAUGGGUAGCAUUAAAAGUGUGCACAGCGCACACUCUCAGCGGUCGCUCCGACGAACGGAUCGCAGCGCGGGCGGCGAUUUGCGGGCGGCGAGCCAAGCACAAACCGGCGCCCGCCAAUCAUCGUGCAGCCCCCAGCCACCUGUCGAGCCCCCUCUUUUGGACCUCAAUAUUGAGCACAUAGCUUCUUCCUCUUCCUACGACCCCGUCACCGACAAGGGCAAACGGCCCAUGCGAGCCAUGACCGAUGUUUACGAGAGCUGGGGGGAAAUACCGAACUCGCCUCGGUCGCCUACCCGACCGCCUAGCAUCCGGCAUCGUCGAAGCAUGCAACACUUACAAGAGCUUGAGACUCGCCUCGACCGACUCGUUUCCGAGAAUCGCUUGCUUGUUGCUGCGCGGGAAGCUGCUGAAGACAAGCUGCGCAAUGCAAGUGUUGCUCGUCGCAAGAGUGACCAUGCUCUCAACGAGCGAGCUGCAGACUUGCGGGACCGGGAAGCUGAAGUGGAACAACUUAAGAAUUCAGUAGAAUGGCUUCAGAAAGAAGUAUCCCGGUUGACGGAAGAGAACGAAGGGCUGACUGUCACGAACUCCAACAUUACCGUCGCCCAUGCUGCCGAGAUCCAAACCAUACGGACGUCAUUCAACAGUGAGCUAGGCGACUUGCGCCUACAGAAUCAGCAGCUGUCGAACGAAAUGCAAGAUAGAGUACGUCAGGAGAUCGAUGCGGCACUGGCUCAGAAGAAUAUGGAGCUUCGCAGGUUACGAGAGGAUUUAGAGAGCGCCCGGGACAAAGUGAAGGAACUACAACAGCAGAUCGCCGCAUCCAUGCACGAUAGCGUGUUAGUUUUCAGGGAUGAGGACUACUUUGACGCUGCGUGUCAAAAGCUGUGUGGACAUGUUCAACAGUGGGUGCUACGCUUCUCUAAACACUCUGACCUACGCCGCUGUCGCAAGCUCGACGAUAUUCAGGACGAGAAGAUUGCAGACCGGUUUGAGAAUGCCAUACUCGAUGGAUCCGAUGCUGAUGUCUAUCUCUCCGACCGGGUUCGUCGACGAGAUGUAUUUAUGUCAGUGGUCAUGACAAUGGUGUGGGAGUUCAUUUUCACUCGCUACCUGUUCGGCAUGGACCGUGAACAACGACAAAAGCUCAAGUCUCUUGAAAAACAGCUCGGUGAGGUAGGCCCGCGCGGUGCAGUUCAUCGUUGGAGGGCUACUACCCUAAGCCUUCUCUCAAAGCGGCCUGCUUUCUCCCGGCAGCGUCAGAACGAUACAGAAGCGGUGGCCUUGGAGAUCUUUGAGACGCUGUCCCGUCUUCUUCCACCGCCGAGCAAUGUAGAGUCCCAGCUUCUAGAGUCUCUGCGCAAGGUGCUGCGGGUUGCCGUCAACCUAUCUAUCGAAAUGCGCACGCAGCUGGCGGAAUACAUCAUGCUCCCCCCACUACAACCUGAGUACGAUACCAAUGGUGACCUUGCACGGCAAGUUUAUUUCAAUGCGUCCCUUAUGAACGAGCGCAGCGGCGAAACUACUUCAAAUGAGGAAUUGGAAUCCCAACAAGCUGUGGUACGGGUUGUCCUGUUCCCGUUAGUAGUGAAGAAGGGCAAUGAUGCAGGCGAAGGCGAAGAUGAAGUAGUCGUUUGCCCGGCGCAAGUACUCGUUGCACGCUCUCCUAAAGAUAAGAAGGUUACCAGAAUGCUCAGUGGUGACCGAAUGUCCUUGGAUGGCACCAGAUCCAUUCACAGUAUCGCUCCGUCGUCGACCAUGGACAUGAGCAAUGUGAUUUGA